AUGAGGUACAGGUAUCCCCACGCGGAUCUUCUUGUGAUGUGGGGGACAUGCAACAAAAUAUCAAUUACUCUUGCAGCAGUGAAUGCAGCCUGUUUCAUCGACAGAAAGUGGGGCCUGCUCUACUGCGUCGAGUACGCCUAUAUUCUUGCUGUUUUUCUUGCGCUUGUGAAGGACAAGUAUAUCCGAAGGCGCAUAGAAAAUGCUCGCCUGAUAGAACUUCUGCACAUUCUCUUUGUCUCUCCCCUGUUCUACGGCCUCUUCUCUGGGAUCGGGCUUUUUCAUGCGGGGGUUUCUUUUGGGGCAGGAUCUUUCCUCCUUUCCUUCCACAGGCCGACAUCCAGGGCCCUGCAGGUGCUUUCUUCGCUGUGCUUUUCCACGGAGGCCGAAAGAAUCGACUCUGCCAACGGGGCAACGAUCUUCUUCAUUCUGGCGAUGCGCGCCCUCAGUGCACACUCCCCGGGGAACAUCUACGCGGAGAGAGCCCUCGCCCUCGUUUUAAACAUUCUUCUCAGCAACUUCUCAGAGUGCACGAGCGUCCUGCACGUGUCCGCGUGGGAGUUCUUCUGCACAGUGGUCUCCCCGUGCGUUCUGGUGCUUCUGUACGAGAAAAAGCACCUCCUGAAGGAGAAGAAACGCCUCCAGGGCCCUCCCCGAAGGAGACAGCUCUUCCUCCAGGAGCAACUGCCGUGA